CUGCCAGGGCCAUGUUGAAGAUGUCUGGCCUCAACAUUUCUUGUUGAUUGAAUCAGGGACUUCUGCGACGAGUUAUCUAUUCAGGGUUUGAUACACAUUAGCGUGAGGGUUUAAUUUAACCGUAUCAUACUCUUGUGAUCAUCCGAUUUCGACAUCGAAGGCAGCAGGAAGCUGCCAUUAACUCGCACGCAGCGUAAAUUUGUGAUCACUGCCGCCUAGACGCUGACUUGUACCCUCUGGGAUCCGGCUACGUCCCUGAAAUUGACAGUGUCCAUGACAUAUCAGUUGGCACAAAGAGGGGAUCCGACGAACUCUUUUCUUCCUGCAUAUCCAACGGACCCUAUAUCAUGAACUCAGCCAAUGGCAACGACAGCAAAAAAUUCAAAGGUGACGUCCGUAGUCCCGGUGUCCCGUCACGUGUGGUCCAUGUACGCAAACUGCCCAACGACAUAAAUGAGGCUGAAGUUAUUAGCCUGGGACUGCCCUUCGGGAAGGUCACUAAUCUGCUGAUGCUGAAAGGGAAAAACCAGGCAUUUUUGGAACUGAGCAGUGAGGAGUGUGCACAGACGAUGGUUACCUACUAUUCGUCUGCCACCCCUGUCAUCAGAAACCAUCCCAUUUACAUGCAGUACUCAACCCACAAGGAGCUCAAGACGGACAACUCCCCGAACCAAGUGCGUGCCCAGGCAGCUCUGCAGGCAGUCAAUGCCCUGCACGGAGGAGGGAUGGGAAGCAUGGCUAUUUCCACAGAUGCUGGUACCAUGGGGGGAGGAGCCUCCCAAAGCCCUGUUCUCAGAGUCAUAGUGGAAAACCUCUUCUACCCCGUCACCCUGGAUGUUCUACAUCAGAUUUUCUCCAAGUUUGGUACUGUGCUUAAGAUCAUCACUUUCACAAAGAACAACCAGUUCCAAGCUCUAAUCCAGUAUGCUGAUGGCAUGACGGCUCAACAUGCCAAACUGUCUCUGGAUGGGCAGAACAUCUACAACGCUUGCUGUACCCUGAGGAUCAGCUUUUCCAAGCUCACCAGCCUCAACGUCAAGUACAACAAUGACAAGAGCAGGGACUACACCAGACCAGACCUUCCCACUGCCGACUCACAGCCCUCCAUCGACCACCAGACCAUGGCAGCUGCAUUUGCAGCACCGGGCAUAAUCUCAGCCUCUCCCUAUGGGGGAGCUCAUGGCUUCCCCCCAACCUUUGCUAUCCAGCAGGCAGCAGGUCUGUCUAUGCCUGGCAUUCCCGCCUUGGCGUCUCUGGGUGUGGGUCAUGGCGGCAUGGCGGCUGCUGCUGCAGCUGCUAGCCGGCUUGGCCUAUCGGGGCUCACUGCCGCCGGAGGACACAAUGUCUUGUUGGUCAGCAAUCUGAACCCGGAGAGCGUUACGCCACACUGCCUCUUUAUUCUUUUCGGUGUGUAUGGCGAUGUGAUGAGAGUGAAGAUCCUGUUCAAUAAAAAGGAGAACGCUUUAAUCCAGAUGUCUGAUGGCACACAGGCUCAGCUAGCUAUGAGCCACCUGAAUGGCCAGCGUCUUCACGGCAGGGCCAUGCGCGUGACACUGUCCAAACACACGACAGUUCAGCUCCCCAGAGAAGGCCAUGAGGACCAGGGCCUCACGAAGGACUAUAGCAAUUCACCACUGCAUCGCUUCAAGAAGCCCGGCUCCAAAAAUUACUCCAACAUCUUCCCGCCUUCUGCAACACUCCACCUCUCCAACAUACCGCCUGCUGUGGUGGAGGAUGAUCUCAGGAGGCUAUUUGCUAGCUCAGGAGCCACAGUCAAAGCCUUCAAGUUCUUUCAGAAGGACCGCAAGAUGGCCCUGAUCCAGAUGGGCUCAGUUGAAGAAGCAAUUGAGUCUCUCAUCGAGUUUCACAACCACGAUCUUGGAGAGAACCACCACCUUCGAGUGUCCUUCUCAAAGUCCACCAUCUGAGUGCCUUUCCUUCCACCCUCCAAGUCUUUUGCCGUCUGAAUGCCACUUUUCUCAAGGUUGCCUUCAGGGGGGAAAUGUGUAUCGCUGUGUUUCUUUGGAGAAUGUUGCUUCUUUCCCCCCUCCCCGUCAUUAAUAGGUUUGGAGAUUUGACGUGCUCCAUACAUAUUUCAAGUUAAUCUGGUUCUGAUGACCUGUUCCAAAGUAUGAUUUGGCAUCAACGAGUAUGAACUUUCUCCUUUUGUCAUGCACAUAUCAACGGUUGUCCAUUUAUUUCAAAGUUAGGCUACAUGUGGCGAUUAGCUGAUACUCAAAUGUUGUGAUACAAGUGCUAAAGUUUGUAUCCUCCAGUGAGUUACGCUUUUUUUUAAUAACUUUAACCACAGCUCAUAAGAAUGUAAACCUUGUUCUCAGUGACUGUUUGCAAGAGUAGCUGUUGACAACAACAACAACUUUCACAAUCCAACCACCUUUGAACAGGUUGCCAGUAACUAAACCUAAUUAAUACUUUGUUCCUUCAGUUUUCUAUAAAUCUGGGAAUUGAGCGACAUUCUGCAAUGAACUAUGAUAUAUAUAUAUAUAUAUAUUGGAUGUAAAGAAGGGGCUGUUGAUGAACUGUCUGUUCAGACCAAAUUACUUAAAACACCCCCCCUCCACCUCCACCACCAUCUCCACCACCACAAAUGUAUGGGGACAAGUUGUAUCUGCACCAGACACACUUCAGCAUUCCUUCUACUCCUGUAGUUGUGUGGACUAUCCAUGUGUGUGCCUUUUUUUUUUUCUUUUCUUAUUUGAAAUGCCACUUUGAACCUGUUUGGCCAGUCAGAAACGGUUUUGAGACAAAGGAUUCAGUUUGCGUUCACAGACCAUCAAUCAACUUAUUUUCCAGUGUCUUUAUUUUCAUUUUAUCCACCCACCUAUUUUUCUUCUGGGGAUCCAUACCACUAUCAAAAGUUAAUCAAUAUGGACACAUUAUUCUUUCAGUCUUUAUCUGCAGAUUUGUGCCUUACUCUGCCCCGCCUGGAUCUCUCUGGCUUUAUUUGGAAAUGACGCGGUUCUGUAAAAGGCCUUUAUUUUCCAUCUACCAGCGUAGUUAAAGAGUGGGGGUAGAGUGGCUCAUUUAAUCUUUUUUUUUCUUAAAAACACAAAUGUUUAUCUUUGUAUCCAUAUAUCCCCAUUAUAUGUAUCUAGAAACUAUGAAUGUAAGUGAGUUAGACGCUUAUUAUCCUUGCUAGGUGAUGUAGCUCUGUUAGGUGUAUUGUGGCGGGCGUAGAGCUGUAUCCAGCCUUCCUGUCUUACAGUCUCCUUUCACGUCCAUCUCGUCCCCUCGGGACAGUGGUGUUUGGGGCCUCAUUUAACUAUAUUAUGUUCAUAUCUCUACGUGGACACCUAUAUAUUCAUUUAUCUUUUCUUUUUAAUGUUAGCAUUUACAUGUGUAUCACUUCUAAGCUUAACUGAUACCUUUUGUAGUGGCUGGGUUUGAUUAUUAUCGCAGUGCCUUGAGUUUUUAAUCCGAGGCUGAAACAGGCCUGGUCAGUUGACUUUGUUUACCUCUCGUUCAGGUGUUUUAUCUUUAGCCUGUCUGCAAAAAAAAAAAAAAAAAAAAAUGCCUUUACCCCAUUAUAUUCAGGUAAUCCUACCUGUGAGAGGGCAGCUCGGAGGCAUUUGUCAGUCGAUGGUAAACAGUCUUGGACUGUCAAAACAACCCAGUGGCUUUUUUUUUUCCUCCUCUCUUAAAUUCAGGAUACCAGAAUUACAGGGUGCCACACACCCAUCCCCUGUCUGUGUGCAGUUAAUGCCGCAGUCAGGUACGUUAGUGCACUUUUCUUCAACAAUCGGUCCAAGCUAGCACCACCACGCUAAAGUCUUACGUCGUCACAUUCCUGCGUGCCUCGAGCACCAGUUUCCACAGCCUCGACCACUAUAGUCUUGGACCAGACACAGAUGUCCUCUGUCUCUAUUUUUGUAAAGAUUCUUAUGCAUGUUUUCACAAAGCUUCAUGUAGCUGCAGACGGUUAUCGCUGUUAAGGACCAAAGUAUGUUCUACCCCUGCUGUUUUGUAGUGUUGUGAUUUCUUAAAGUUUUUUUUUUUUUUUUUUUUUUUCCUCCCCCACAUUCCUGCUUUUCUACAAAAACAAGGACUUGGUUCCUUUGUUCUGUUCCUCAGAUGCCUUGGACAAAGUCACAUUAAGUUAAAUGGUCUUUUGGGUAACAAUGUGUACUGUAUGUUGUACCCCUGUAGUUUGAUUGACUUUACAAAGAGUCUUCUUUGCUAGAGGUCGCUUUAGAAAGGAUACUUAUUUGAACCACAGUCCUAGCUGUGAAGUUGACAGUUUAGAUUAUAUAUGCCUUUCAAUUUUGUUAAAAGCUUUUAUUUUUCUCUUCUUUUUAUAUGGGGGCGGGUUGGGGUUAUGUAUGAAGCGGGGUUGAUGGUUGUAUAUAUUCAUGUUUUUGUAUCACAAAAUCAUCUGGAUUAUAUCCACUUUACGUUCAAAACAUGUAUAUUUUGAUAAAACAGUACAGACCUAUUAAGCUCUCUGGAGCUGUAAAACGGAAAAAAAAAAAUCUUUUGUAACACAAAGACAUUAAAACUAUCUGAACACAGAAGUGUCUCUGUAUGUGCCCCGCUCGCCCCCCCCUUUGCCAUUCUGAUCUUGUCUCUUGCAUCUUCUGCUGCCUUCAAUAAAUCUUUAGUUUGUUCCUUCUUUCA